CAGUCGUUGGCUGUUAACGAAUUAACGCACAGUCAUUGCGAUAUUUUUUUAUUAAUAAUAUUUAUUUUUAUUAAUAGUAAAAUUCGGUGAAGUGUGCGUUGGAUAACUGUUGACAGAGCGAUGGGGUUUCUAGAAGAUGUAGAUACCAGUAAUCUUCCAAACAUCAAAGAGUAUUAUAAAGGGAAAACAAUCUUUAUUACUGGAGGUUCAGGUUUUAUGGGCAAAGUUCUGGUAGAAAAGCUGUUGUAUUCCUGCUCAAAUUUGGAUAGGAUUUAUCUUUUAUUACGAACCAAAAAGGGAGUCAAACCAGAGGAUCGCUUGAAGGAGCUUUACGCCUCAGAAUGUUUCUCUCGACUAAAGAAGGAUAAGCCUGGUGUCUUUGAAUCUAAGGUUUACUUCAUUGCCGGCGAUUGCAGUGAAAUAGGCCUGGGUAUGUCAGAAGAGGAUAGAACAUUGAUUGUCAACAGAGCACAUAUAUUUUUCCAUGUGGCUGCUAGUGUAAGAUUCGAUGAUCCUCUCAAAGUAGCUGUGAACCUCAACCUCAGAGGAACAAAGGAGGUCAUUGAACUCGCAAAGGAAACUAGGAAUUUAGAGGUACUAGUCCACGUAUCAACGUCAUACGCAAACACAAACCGGGCCAGUAUAGACGAAGUAGUAUAUCCUCCACACGCCAACUGGAGGGACACACUUGAUGUUUGCAACAGUAUGGACGAUACAACGCUAAAGUAUUUGACUCCUAAGUACUUAGGAGAGUUACCAAAUACUUAUGUUUUCACUAAACAACUUGCAGAGCAUGUGGUAUACGAACAAAGAGGAAAAUUACCUAUUAUCAUAAUGAGACCGUCUAUUGUGAUAUCAAGUGUGAGUGAGCCAAUCCCGGGAUGGAUAGAAAAUCUAAACGGUCCUGUCGGAUUACUUAUAGCCAGUGGUUUAGGUAUCCUCCGAUCUGUCUACUCAGAUCCAGAUUUAGUAGCCGACUACAUGCCGGUAGAUGUUGCUAUAAAAAUGUUCAUAGUUGGUGCUUGGUUGAGAGGAUCUAAAAAAAUCGAACCCACUGACGACGUAGAGGUAUACCACUGUUCCACGAGCCACAUGAAAACUAUGACGCUCGGAGAGAUCAUAGAUCACGGGAAAGAGAUCAUUCGAGAAGUACCAUUGGAUAAGAUGAUGUGGAUCAGUGAUGGGGGGAUUACGAAGUCCAGAUUGGUGCAUUAUAUGAAGGUUAUAAUAUUGCAUUUACUUCCGGCGUUAUUAGUUGAUUUUCUGUUAUCACUUUCAGGAAAACCACCACUGCUAGUAAAACUCCAACGGCGUAUCUAUUCGGCAAACAUAGCUCUGAAUUAUUAUCUAACUCAACAAUGGAAGUUCGUUAACAAUAACAUUCUACAAUUACGAGAAAAAAUAAGAAUAGAAGACAAAAGAGAAUUCUUCUAUGAAAUGGAGACAAUUGAUAGACUGCAGUAUUUCAAAAAUGGAUGUAUCGCUGGAAAAGUAUUCAUUUUGAAGGAAAAAAUGGAAGAUUUGCCGAAGGCAAAGAAGAAUUGGAAACGAUUCUUCUACUUGGAUCUAACUCUGAAGUUUUUAUUCUACACUGCAGUAAUUUGGUUCGUUUACAGUCGUGAUAUUUUGCCCUCUCUUUGCCAAUGGACGUAUAACUUUUUACUGGGAGAAUAAAUUAUUUUUUAAAUAUAAUUUUAAUGAAU